AUGACAACUUUUGAUUUUUCCGACGUGGAGGCAUUUUUGGAUUGCCAUCCGGAGCUUUUCGAGGAAUAUCUCGUCAGGAAGGGAAAAUGUGACACCCUGAGCAGGUGGCUCAAAGAGCAUCAGCCGUCCAAAACCUCUCCUGCGGAGGAGAAACGCGGGGUCGUAAGGGAUCCCUUCUGGCCCACGAACCCCGACGGACUGAGGCGCAGAUCGUCCCACAUGGAGCUCCGCAGGAACUUCGCCCGUUCCAAAGCGAUGACUGCGCACCGGACCUACGACGAGCAAGUCAGUCUCACGGCUCACGAGUCCCAGUCGAGUAUGCGACGGCGCGCGCUGCUGCGGAAAGCCAGUUCGUUACCGCCGACUACGGCGCACAUCUUGAGCGCGCUGCUCGAGUCCCGGGUGAACGUGCCUCAGUAUGCCUCCAGCGCCAUUGACUACAAAUACAGACUCAAAGAGUCCAACGAGAGGGAGUUCUUCCUCGAGCUGGUUAAGGACAUUUCUAACGAACUUGACAUGACGAACCUCAGCUACAAGAUUCUUAUCAAUGUGUGCAUCAUGGUGAACGCAGACAGGUGUUCGCUUUUCCUAGUGGAAGGACCGUCUCAUAAGAGGACGCUGGUGUCCAAGUUUUUUGAUGUGCACUCGGGUACGACGGUGCGACCCUCUUCUAGCACUCUGUACUCAAACGAGGUGCAGGUUCCGUGGGGAAAAGGCAUCAUAGGUUAUGUAGCAGAACACGGAGAAACCGUCAACAUCCCAAACGCAUACGAGGACCAUCGGUUCAGUGAUGAAAUCGACAAGCUGACGGGCUAUAAGACUCAGUCCAUUCUGUGCAUGGCCAUCCGCAACAGUGAUGGUGAAGUCAUCGGUGUAGUGCAGGCCAUCAACAAGAACCCCAGCGGAACUCCAUUCACAGAGGACGAUGAGAAGGUGCUUCAAAUGUAUCUACCAUUCUGUGGAAUAUCGAUCUCCAACGCCAAACUCUUCUCCGAAUCCCGCAAGGAGUAUGAGAGGAGCAGGGCCCUGCUGGAGGUGGUGAAUGAUCUGUUUGAGGAGCAGACGGACCUGGAGAAGAUUGUCAGAAAGAUCAUGCAGCGUGCGCUGACAUUGCUGCAGUGUGAGCGCUGCUCUGUGCUUCUGCUAGAAGACAUCCACUCUCCUGUAGUAAAGUUCUCCCAGACGUUUGAGCUCAUGUCUCCACUGUGCAGCGUUGAUCAUGACAUCAGCAUGGAGAAGGUGUCUUGCUCGGACUGGCUGAUCAAUAACAGCAUUGCUGAGUUGGUAGCAUCAACCGGGCUGCCUGUUAACAUCAGUGACGUCUGUCAGGAUCCCCGCUUUGAUGCUGAGGCGGACCAGGCUUCUGGUUUUCAUAUCAGAUCAGUUUUAUGUGUCCCCAUCUGGAAUCGGACACAUCAGAUUAUUGGUGUUGCCCAGAUUCUGAAUCGCUUGGACAGGAAGACAUUUAAUGAUGCCGAUCAAAGGUUAUUUGAGGCAUUUGUUAUUUUCUGUGGUCUGGGCAUUAACAACACAAUGAUGUAUAACCAGGUUAAAAAGACUUGGGCCAAGCAGUCUGUGGCUCUAGAUAUGCUGUCUUAUCAUGCCACAUGCUCCAAGGCAGAGGUUGAUCGACUGAAGGCUGCUAAGAUUCCCCUAAGCAGUGAGCUCGGGAUCGAUGAGUUCCACUUUAAUGACUUUUCUCUGGACAACGACGCCAUGAUCACUGCCUCCCUGCGGAUGUUUUUGGAGCUCGGUGUCGUGCAGAAAUUCAAAAUUGAUUAUGAGGUGCUGUGCCACUGGCUGCUUACCGUGAGGAAGAACUACCGCACCGUAGCCUAUCACAACUGGAGGCAUGCCUUCAACGUCUCGCAGUGCAUGUUUGUUAUGAUCACCACUGCUGGGUUCCAGGAGGUGCUGACAGACACCGAGACUCUUGCGCUUAUGGUUGGGUGUUUCUGCCAUGACCUGGACCAUCGUGGCACAAACAACGCCUUUCAGGCAAAGUCUGGGUCAGCGCUAGCGCUGCUGUACGGAACAUCUGCCACCCUUGAGCAUCAUCAUUUCAACCACGCCGUCAUGAUCCUGCAGAGUGAGGUGGCUGAAUUGGUGACCAGUGAAUUCUUUGAACAAGGUGACAGGGAAAGAUCAGAGUUGAAGUUGACACCGGCUGCCAUUUUUGAUCGUAAUCGUAAAGAUGAGCUUCCUGUGCUUCAGUUAGAAUGGAUUGAUGGAAUUUGCAAGCCAUUAUAUGAGGCUCUUGUGAAGUUGAAUAGGAAGCUUCAGCCGAUGGUAGAUGGAAUUGAUGGCAACCGAAAGAAGUGGGAGGAGCUUUGUCGGUCCUAUCAGCGAACACGCAGAGCCUCUGAGUGCAUCUUCAGUCUGGAGGCUGGAGAGACAGAAUCACAUCAGAGUUCAGACUCCACCCUCGAGCCAGAAUCAAGUCAGAGUGAGGUGACCAAUCAGAGCGAAGACUCCACCCACUGCGUGGAGCCAAAUCAAGCCACGGUAGCCAAUUACAAAUAAGAGGCGUGAUGUGGCGAUUAAAGGACGGCCCACUGAGUCAGGGCUUCCCAAACUA